AUGUUUACUAUCCUCCACAACCGCCGCGUUCGCACCGGACAGGCUGGCUACGCCUAUCUCUUCACCACCGAGUCCGGCACCUCCUAUCUCUUCAACCGGCCGCUCUUCUCCGGAUCCCAGAGCCACGUCCAGCUGGUCACCAACACCCUGACCCACGAACUAACCGUCCAAAAGGUAAGCAAGCUCCGGCCCGUCCUCCAGACCGCCGACAACCUAACCAAGGUACCCGAAGACAACGAGAUCCGCAUCGUCCACCUGCUCAAUGACCUCGCCCAGCACCCCGUCAACCCUCUUCCCAAACUCACCCCACGCUGGACCACCCUGAUCUCCCACGAGAACGCAGCCGUGACCAAGCAAGGUCCUAGUUCCUUACCACUUCGUACCGAGCACGUCCGCGUCAGCUACUGGAAACUCUGCAACGGCGGCGACCUCGCCACGCUCGCCUCUGACUGGGCCGGCGGACUAAUCCCAGGCAUCGCACCCGGCCAUCUCUUCCCCGUGUGCGUGGUGGCCCUGUGCAUCGCCCAAGUCUGCGAAACCCUCCACUUCAUGUACCACGCCGGCGCCGAAACCAUCUACCACGGCGACCUGCACGCCACCAACAUCUUCCUGCACUUCACCAGCAACAAUACAUCCACACACAACCACGGUCUGCCAGACUUCUACCUCGGCGACUUUGGCUGGGCCACUACCGCCAGCGAGGACCAAGCUUACAGCGCCACCUGGCAUAAAGAGUACCAGUACAAAUACAUCUGCACGUCUGACCUGCCGUAUCCCAUGGACGGGUUUGUGAAGCCCCAGCCGGCACCGGGGACUCAAGACCCAGAUGAGCGCCGGCGCUGGGACGUGGGCCGGUUUCUGGAGGCUCUUAACCUCACCUGGAUCGACCCCAACAACCCCCACCAACCCCGACCCAAAACCCAACCCACCCCAACAACCCAGCCUCCAACCCCCCAAGCAACCGCCCUCCAAACCCUCCUCAAAACCUUCUCAACCCUCAACACCCACGAAAUCACCCUCGCCACACACUCCCCCACCAGCCGCCCCCCCUCUCUCCUCCCUCUCAUAAACCAAGCCCACCAACUCGCACACGACGCCUUCACAAUCGAACAACACAACCCCUCACUGCAGGCUUUUCUUGCUUGGGGUCGGGCACGUGCGGCACAGGCGCUGGGGGUUAGGCCUUUUGUUUUUGGCGCUGGGGAAGGGGCUGAAGAAAAAGAAAUUAGGGUGGCGAGGGCGGAGGUGUAUGGGGAUGCUUGUGUUGCUGGGCCUUGGAGGGUUGUUGAGGCUGUUGAGUAG